AUGGCAUCCUGGUUGUAUGAAUGUCUCUGUGAAGCUGGACUUGCACAGUAUUAUCCUUAUUUUACUGCUAUUGGCCUUCAGAAAAUAGAGGAAUUGGCCAUGGUUACAAUGAAGGACUAUUCCAAAUUGGGAGUCCAUGACAUGAAUGAUCGCAAACGUCUCUUCCAACUUAUCAAAAUCAUUAAGAUUAUGCAGGAAGAAGAUAGAGCAGUGAGUAGCCCAGAACAUCUUCAGACAAGUAGUCUGCACAAGCCUCAGAAGCCCAGACCUGGCCCUCGUAGGCAGCUACAGUUUGAUUCUCCUGCUGACAGCAAAGACAGAUCUAACAGCGAUAAGUUUCAAAUGUACAACUUACUAGAUUUUUCUGCAAAUGAACAGAAGUCUGAUUGCCUGAAAGUAUUGAAGCACGUACUACCUGAUGAUUCCCAGUACCAUACAAGAGCAAGAAUUCUGAAUGUCACAGCUGCUGAUUCCUAUAUGCAAACAGAAACACAUUCUUCCCUCUUUUCAUCAAAUGACUUUUCUCUAGUACUGGGAGACAGCGAUAUUCCCAUUAUUCAGAGAGUCUCUCAUGUUUCAGGGUAUAACUAUGGAAUCCCUCAUUCUUGUAUCAGACCUUACACUUCAGAGAAGGAGAACUCGUGGACUGAGUUGGAGAAAAUCAGAGUGUAUGUUCGCAAACGACCUUUAGGCAUAAGGGAGCUACGUCGUGGAGAAAUUAAUAUUAUUACUGUGGAAGACAAAGAAACUCUACUUGUUCAUGAAAAGAAAGAAGCAGUUGACCUCACACAAUAUAUUCUGCAGCAUGUUUUUUAUUUUGAUGAAGUCUUUGGUGAAUCUUGUACCAAUCGAGAUAUAUACAUGAAGACUACUCACCCACUCAUUCAGCAUAUUUUCAAUGGAGGCAAUGCCACUUGCUUUGCAUAUGGACAAACAGGUGCUGGAAAGACCUAUACCAUGAUAGGAACUCAUCAGAACCCAGGACUAUAUGCUCUGGCUGCCAAAGAUAUCUUCAGGCAGCUAGAAGUGUCCCGGCCAAGAAGGCAUCUGUUUGUGUGGAUCAGCUUCUAUGAAAUCUACUGUGGACAGCUUUAUGACCUCCUAAAUAGAAGGAAAAGACUCUUCGCAAGAGAAGAUAGCAAACACGUGGUGCAGAUCAUAGGACUGCGGGAACUCCAGGUGGAUAGUGUGGAAUUCCUCUUAGAGGUGAUCCUGAAAGGCAGCAAGGAGCGGAGCACCGGGGCCACUGGAGUUAAUGCAGAUUCCUCCCGCUCCCACGCUAUCAUCCAAAUACAGAUCAAAGAUUCAGCCAAGAGGACAUUUGGCAGGAUCUCUUUUAUCGACUUGGCUGGCAGUGAAAGAGCAGCAGAUGCCAGGGACUCAGACAGACAAACAAAGAUGGAAGGUGCCGAAAUAAACCAGAGUCUUUUGGCUCUAAAGGAAUGUAUACGAGCAUUGGAUCAGGAGCAUACCCACACUCCCUUCAGGCAAAGUAAAUUAACUCAGGUCCUCAAGGAUUCUUUCAUUGGUGAUGCUAAAACCUGCAUGAUUGCCAACAUCUCGCCCAGUCACAUGGCCACUGAGCACACCCUGAAUACUUUGCGAUAUGCUGACCGGGUCAAAGAACUAAAGAAAGGCAUGAAGUGCUGCUCCUCAGCUUCAGGUAGGAGUCAGGCCUCAGGGAACGCAUCACCAAAACGGAUGCAGAGCUCUCCCGGGGUACUGCCAGGGGACAAGUGUUCUCCAAAAAAAGUCAAGCUGGGCCUUCAGCCACCAGUCACAAUGGCACCUGCCUCCUCCACCAGAGGAAAGGCCCACCCACUGACCAGUCAUCACCCUAACAUUCCUUUCACUUCUGUCCCGGAAGUCCCUGGGAAAAAAGGCAAUCCCAGAGCCAGUCCUCCACACGAGGGUGGCCUUCGGACUAGCCCUGGAAAAGAAAGCUUGCCAGGCAGACAACUGCCCAAGAAGAGGGCAGAGAAAGCAGCACCAUCCUGUUCUGAGUGCCCAUCUGGGGCCCAGGCUACCCUAGGCUUGGGAGACUCUGCACCUGGGAAGCUGCCGUCUAAAAGCCGCAAGGUACAGCCCGUGCGGCCCGUGCAAAAGCAGCUGGUAUCCCGGGGCGAGCUCACCUUCAGCCAGGCCCAGCAUGUGGCCAAGGAUAGGGGGCAUGCAGGCACCAGAUCAGCCUGUGGCUCAUGGGGCAGCAUCCCCUCACAGCAGAAGGAGAGGGAGGCUCAUCUGCGCUUCUACCACCAGCAAUUCCAGCGGCCACCCCUCCUGCAGCAGAAGCUCCGCUACCAGCCCCUGGAGCAGCUCUUGUGCCAGUACCGGGCCCAAGUGGGCCACCUCCACCCUGUGCCCUCGCCGCCCUUCAGCCCGUAUGGCGAUAGCCCAGAUGGCACCCCUGCCGAGGAGCCGGAUGACAGCGACUUCAGUGAAGAUUCCUUUUCCCAUGUCUCUAACAAGAGGACCCCCAAUCAGAGAGAACCCCAGGAAAACAGAGAUUCCUUUUUCCUUCACCAGAGUGAGUCUGGGCCUGAGAGCUCCCUCGACAAACAGAGACAGAGUCUGUCAUUCAGCCCCAGGCGAGACUGUGAUGAGAAGGUUCUUCAGGGCCCCUGGCUGGACUAUUCAGACCACAGGAGCCCCAGAAGAGCUGCUGUAAAGCCUGCGGAAGUGCCCCGAGACUGGCACAGAGUAGGACAUGCUUUAUCCUUAGGCCCUCCUUCCAGAGACUCCCCAGCAGAGAAGCCUUGUGGCUCACGGGGGAACCCAGAACACAACCAGGUGAGAGGUGGUAGCCCUGCUGCUGGCCUCACAGAAGCCUUUGGGAAUGAGCAGCCACACCAGGGACUGGAGGAGGACAGUUUCUCCUUCUCAUUGUCCCACAUUGCAACUUCAGGAUCCCCAGAGCAGAGGGAUCCAGCCAGCACCUCUGUGAGAGAGACAAGUGAGGACAGUCCUACUCCUUCGACCAGAGCAGUGCUCUUGGGCAACUCUUCGCUGGGAGAAAGCUCCAGAGGGGAGUUCAGCUCGGAAUAUGCCUCUGGGCUUAUGGCUCCCCUUACUGUGUCCCUCCUGGAGAAUCCCAGCGAUGAGGGGCCUUCUCCCCUAGAGCAGCAGCUGGCCCAGAAUGAGGCUAUGUAUAGUCUUGUGACUACAGGAACAGAGCACCCUGCUGAAGACCUUACAGUGUCCUCAGAGGACCAAGAGGCUUCCUUGCUUGUGUCUCAGGCUACUGGGACCCUGUGGCUCUCAUCCUCACCUCCUGACAAUAAGCCUGGGGGCGAGCUUCCCAUUCUCUCCCCAUCCCCUAUUCGUCUGCACCCCCCUGAAGGGCUAUCUGCUAGGGAGGCUGAUGUGGGGGUCACCAGGCAGAGCCGGAAGACAGUGCUCUUCUCUGAGGUCCACAUGGGGAGCAAACAGAACAAUGCUGAUGCUGAGGAGACAGAAAUGGGCCGCUCUGGGGGCUUCCCAGUAGUGUCUUUUGCCAGCCUCCCUCCUCAAGAGCCCAGGCCUGCUCUUAGCCCAACAGCAGGAAAUGGCGAAUGGGCCACACAGCCCUGGGUCCAGGAAAGCAAGUUUCCUAUAGGUCCCAGCUGGCAGGAAGAGUGUGUGUCCACAGACUGUGUCAGAUUGCCCUGCUUUCGUGAGGACACAGUGUGGCUCCAGCAGGGACUGGGCCCACAGAAUUUGGCAGGACCAGGCCCUCCACUGUCCUCCCACACCAGCUCUCCCAGGACCACUGAGGCCCUUCCUCUGCUCUCCCUGGAGCAUGCACAACAGGUGAUCAUCCGAGCUCACAGGGAUCAGCUGGAUGAAAUGGCUGAACUGAGCUUCAAGGAGGAGACGCUAAUAAGCCAGCUGGCUCCUCACGAUUUUGAAGAUUUUGUGGUCCAUUUGGAUGAAAUCAUGGCUCUGAAAUCCAAAUGCAUCCAGAGCCUGAGGAGCCAGCUGCAGCUGUAUCUGACCUGCCACAGGCAGCCUGCAGCCCCUGACAGGACAGUGGUGUCAUAG